UUCCUACCGCAACAGAGUCACAUUCUGAUUUUUUUUCUAUUUUAUGAGCGGUUUUCUAGAGCCUGUUUCCCGUUUCCGGACGAUUCUUCACCCAUCACCUUGCGCACGCGUAAAUUCAUCACGAACCGUCUUUUGGCCCGUCGUCAAUUCGUUGUGGACGUCCUCCAUCCUUCGCGCCCGAAUGUAUCUAGAGCCGAUCUUUCUGAAAAGCUCGCUGCGUUGUACAAAACGAACAAGGAACGCGUCGUCACUUUCGGUCUUCGAACACAUUUUGGUGGUGGAAGGAGCACAGGUUUUGCUCUGAUUUACGAUGAUGAGGCAUCGCAGAAAAAAUUUGAGCCCAAGUACCGCUUGGUCAGGUCUGGCUUAGCCUCCAAGGUAGAGAAACCCUCCCGCAAGCUGCGGAAAGAACGGAAGAACCGCGCGAAGAAGUUCCGCGGCACGAAAAAGGUCAAGGCGGCGGAGCCCCCCAAGAAGAGCAAGUAA